AUGGCGUCCGUUAGCGCUCUCCGCACGCUGUCGGCCCCAUGUCAUACAGCCCGCCUGCGCCUGGCGAGGUCCUCGACCCUGACCAUCAGCCCUACCUCCAGCAGCGUGUCGUCCCUCCUCCUCACCCAUAAUAACCAUAACCGACCCGCCGUCGACGGCAUGCGAUACCUGACCACAUUACCUCCGAGAGUGGGACGACGGGUAGUCCACCAGCUCAUGACACAAGCUCCGUACUCGACGGCCGCCGAGCAGCCUGCCUCCUCCGGACCCGCUACCAAGUUCGUCUACAACAUCGCCGCCUCGUACGUCGCCAAGGGCCGCCCCUUCAACCCGUCCACCCACGUCUUCCACUUCAACCCCUACCACCGAGUAUCCAAGCCCGGCAAGAAGGCAAAGUCGGCGCGCUACGAGUCUGGUCAAGAUGCCUUCUUCGUCAGCCGCGUAGGGAACAAGCCCGGCGAGGUUGCGCUUGGCGUAGCUGAUGGUGUCGGCGGUUGGAUGGACAGCGGUGUCGACCCGGCCGACUUUUCGCAUGCCUUCUGCGACUAUAUGGCUGCUGCCGCAUACGAGAACGAUAAGCAGCCCACCAAGAUUGCGGCAGCGACGGCCAACGGGUCAUCAGCGGCUGCUGGUAAUAAUGGGGACAGCACUGGCAACGCGCCAUUGACGGCGCGCUCACUGAUGCAAAAGGGCUACGAGGCCGUUUGCCAUGACCCAACCAUCAAGGCUGGUGGCAGUACGGCGGUGGUUGGCAUGUUGGAUGAGAGCGGUACGAUGGAGGUUGCGAACCUUGGCGACAGUGGUUUCGUAAUAUUCAGGCUCAACGGCGUCCACACCGCCAGCGAACCUCAGACACACGCAUUCAACACCCCCUUCCAGCUCAGCGUGGUCCCGCCCAGCAUGUUGCUCCGCGCUGCGACCUUUGGCGGGGGGCUGCUUAUCGAUCAGCCUCGCGACGCCGACGUGACCCGCCACAAGCUGAAGCACGGAGAUGUUGUUGUAUUUGGAAGUGAUGGUCUUUGGGACAAUUUGUUCAACCAGGACAUUCUCCGUCUGGUGAGCAGCACGAUGCAGAAGCUCGGCGCAUGGAAGGACACGGGCGCUGGGGUCCAGGUCACCGAGGACCUGACCCCCUUCACCAAGCUGGACAGCGACGACAAGCCCAUUUUCACACUGCAGAGCUUCAUUGCCACGCAUAUUGUCAGCGCCGCCAAGUCGGCGAGCAUGAAUGCGAAGUUGGACGGCCCGUUUGCCAAGGAGGUCAAGAAGUACUACCCCCAGGAUGCGUGGCACGGCGGCAAGGAGGACGAUAUCUGUGUGGUCGUGGUACUCGUUUCGGAGGAACCGGCGGACAUGGCGACGCCAAAGGCACGCCUCUAG